GAGUUUCCGGAAAUGAAACUUGCAACAGGACAAAGCCCGUGCCCUCCCUUGUAAUGCUGCAGGGCUCGUGGCACUCUGAAGACCCGCGUACUACCGUCGAGAAAAAAACGCAUGUCAGAAGCGGGCCGAACCAAUAUGAUCGUGUCGACGUGAAUGGGUAUCGAGUAGCGGUGUUAGUGCGAAAUGUAUUAAGUGUGUGAUCGAGUUUCAGGUCGGUCGGGUUGGUCGGGUCUAACGAGAAUGUGCCUGAGAUGGACGCUACAAAGACGACUUCCGUUAGCUAAUUGAACGUGAAUUUUUUUUCUACACAUUUAUUUUUUUUCAACACCACGAUGUGUUCUCAGCUCUAGCACGAGGAUGACUUGGAGAGUGAACGCUCGCGUUUAACCAAAGCUGCAACGGUCGUGAAAAAGUUAACCAUUAUUUUCCCCCGAACGCGACGUAUCAACGCGGUGCAUCCGAUGCAUUGUUGGUGAGUGACUUGACGCAGUGACAUGUUGAGAACGGCUAGUGAGUGAGGCUGACACUAGCGUGGAUGGUGCUCUGAAUAUCCUCAGCCGCCUACCUAGUUCUCGAACAGAAAUAUUUCAACUCCCUUCUGCCUUCUGGCGUCACCGUGAAAACGACACCGUGAAUCCGAGUGCUGGAAUGAAAAUCUCCGUGUCUCGCGUUAUUCGCUGUACAUUCGACAAACCUUUCGGUACCAAUUCAUCGAAAGUUCGUUUCUUCUGUGCUGUCCUUUGUGUAGGUGUGAUUGUCUUUUCCAAGGUGAUGGUGUCGGAAAACCUUGUCUCUUUAUUAUUACGAAGCCUAUUUUUCCGCCUCGAUGUGUUUCGCCGAUUGUUGUUGGUGUUGGAUUAAUAAUCUGUGAAUUUUCAUUUGCCAAUUGUGUAUGUGUGUGCGAAAGGUGACAAUGUUGUAAUUUUUAUACCUUAUUUUCGUCAUUGUCUCAUUUAUAUUUCUUCGACCAAAUACACUCAUAUGUAUACAUUCAGUUCAAAAGUCUGCACGAGCCAGUUUCACUGUUCGUCGGUUAUCAUGCUGCGUGUUUCAAGAUCUCUAAAAGAGCUGUGUAAAUCUGUGCUUCUGUAACCUGCGUAUUGUGCCGAUGGUGUCUUCUCGUUAUGAUUGAACCCAUAAUAAUACACAGAGGAAUCGUCGCACGCCCCCAUUAAACGGAGGGCGCGAAGGUCCUAUGCUCUGCGAAUUGAUGGGUAUAUGCUUUUCCUGCAGGAGACCCACCAGCAGCCGACUCAAUAACAAAAUAUCUGAGCAUAUCUCGGCAUCGGUAACACCCCUCCAUGUUUGUCUGGAGGAGCAAAGAGGACCAGAACUGGGCUCCUGUGACGUCGCAGCUCGGAAGCCACAGUUUGCACAGGUUAAGGGUGUUAGAGAUAGUUGUGGAGCAAGAGGCCGAGGAGGAGGAGGAGGGAGAGAAGGAGAGGAAGGAGGUGGAGGUGGCGGUGGAGGAAGAGGAGAAGAAGGAGGACAGGAGACUGACACGGAGGGUGGUGGGGAGGGUGAGCUAAGACACAACCAGAGCAUGGCAAACACCAUCAGCAAUAUGAAGAUGACCAACCCUAUCAAAGGGCUAGUCAGCAAGCGUAGGAAACGCUUUACCGAAGAUGGCUUCAAUCUUGAUCUCACAUAUAUAAAAGAUAACUUGAUCGCUAUGGGUUUCCCUGCUGAGAAGCUGGAAGGAGUUUACCGAAACCAUAUUGAUGAUGUUGUUAAAUUCCUUGAAUCCAAGCACAAAGAUCACUAUAAAAUUUACAACCUCUGCUCGGAAAGGUCAUAUGAUGGUAAGAAGUUUAAACUACGAGUGGCUACUUAUGCUUUUGAUGACCAUAAUCCACCAAUGCUAUCACAAAUCAGGCCUUUCUGCGAAGAUGUUCACUCUUGGUUAUCCCAGCAUAGAGAAAAUGUAGCAGUCGUUCACUGUAAAGCAGGAAAAGGUCGUACAGGUGUCAUGGUAUGCUGUUAUCUUUUACAUAGCAAGCAGUUCAGUACAGCUACAGAUGCCCUUAAUUUUUAUGGAACCAAGAGGACACAUGAUAGAAAAGGAGUAACGAUACCAUCGCAAAGGAGGUACGUGGGUUACUAUGCUUCCCUAAUUCAGGAAGAGCUCCUGUACGAACCCGUUCAUCUGACUUUACAGCAAAUUAGAUUGGAUCCUGUUCCAACAUUUAACGGAGGACAGGGAUAUCUUUUUUUCGAAAUAUCUGCAUCUAAUGAGAAGUUAUUCAUAUCGGAUGACUACGAAGUUAGAAAAGGCAUGACUUCACUGCACAUGCCAGUCAAACCAGUCUCGCUCUGUGGGGAUAUUCGAAUAGACUUCUACCACAAGCCAAAAAUGAAACGAAAGGAGAAGAUGUUUCAUUUUUGGUUCAACACAUUUUUUGUACGUGAACAUGUGGUUACACACUACGACAAUGGAGAUAUACCAGUAGAGAAGAGAUCCACACGAGCCUUGAGCUGUGAUGGAACAGCCAUGGAAUUACCAAUGGUUACAGCUCAUACCAAGCCACGAACAGGUUCGUUGGCUAGCCUUGGUCCUAUGCCACCAUCCCUAGUCUUGAACAUCGACAAGACAGGGUUGGAUGAUGCUCAUAAAGAUAAGCAUCACAAGCUGUAUAGUGCGGAUUUCAAAGUAAGCCUUUUCAUGCAUCAAGUCGCUAGUAGUAUUCAGCCAUCGGUAUCGGACACAGUUAAUAAAUCAGAUGGUGUACCAAUACGGGGAGGGAUUAAUCAUUCAGAGACACCAAGCGAGUCUAGUGACGGUUCAAGCAGCGAGUGUGAUACAACAGGCGAUGAAGAGGGCUGGGAGUCGGGUGAGUCCUCUGCAUCUCUGGUGGUCAGUCAUCAUCCACUCACACACAGCUCUAGCCAGACACACGCCAAUACCCACCACAGGGCUAGUCUCAGGGAAACUGCAAAAAGCUUACUGUCACGUGGGGAAAAGGGUAGGAGUAGUCAUAGAGAAAGUACUAAUAGUGUGAAACGUUCGUCUACAUUCGUGCGUUCGGCUACACUUGAUAUGUAGUUCAUCUGUUUGUUUUUGGUACUGUUUGAACGUGGUUAUUAAUGAAUGCUUACAAAAACGUGAAGAAUUUUUUCUGAAUGUUUUAAGUUUCUUUCAAAACAACGGUAUUUUCUAAUCUAUUGCGGUAUCACAUGCACUGACCUGAAAGUCUUAUCAUUUUGCAAACCAUCAGCAGCAUGCCACAAUUAACCAGUUUUAGAUAACUCUGGAUAAUCUAAUUCAAACAUGGCUGGAAACUUGAUAGUUUUAGAUAGUUUUGGGACUAGCUAGCCAUACUCGGCAGGUUUCGAUUUCUAUUACAAUUCAUACUGGGGUUUUACAAUUUUAUUAUCGGCUUUUAGUCAUGAUUGGCUAUUGGAAAAAAUCACAAGCUCUUAGACGGUAAAAAUCUAUCUAUCUAGUUAAAAGUAUUUUCUAAUUUUCACAAUUUCGUUACUGGUAGAAUUAUAGGCACCACAAUGUCGUACGCAAACGUGUUCCUUUACAUGGAAUUUAAAUAAAUUCAAUCGUUAUACGUAAUUAACGAAAGUUUUGUUUUAAAUAUAGGUGUUCAAAAAAUGAAUCAUAUCAAAAUCCUUCUGAACUGUUUCGUAUCACUGAGUUAUUUAUUUGGCAAUAAGAUAUAUGGUGUAUCACGUGGUCAUGGAAGUCACAAAGAUUCUGGUCAAUAUCUAUCUUUCAUGACUGCUUCAAAUUAGGGCAAACAUUCUACCAUGUAAAUUUCUCGCAUUGUUUUCAUUAGUAGU